AUGGCUGCGCUCGAAGCUGCGUCCACACGUUCCUUUCCCAUUACAAGUCGCCAAAGGCGACGAUCAUCGUCGUCGAGAUCAUCAUCUCCCCCGUUAACCUCUUUAAAAUCUGCAGAUAACAUGGAAAAACUGAAAUCUUCAGGCUCAAAGCCUACAAAAAGGCCUGGAUCUCCAUCUGAGAACAUUAAUAUUUUUGGAAAAACUGGUGGUGCGUAUAUUCCUCCAGCCCGUCUGCGUCAAAUGCAAGCUAAGAUUACAGACAAGUCCUCGGAUGCAUAUCAGCGCAUUGCCUGGGAAGCACUAAAAAAAUCCAUUCACGGUCUUAUAAACAAAGUCAACGUGUCUAACAUUGCGCAGGUUGUGCGUCAACUCCUUUGUGAAAAUAUUGUUCGUGGAAGAGGGCUUUUGGUCAAGUCCCUUAUUACGUCUCAAACGACCUCCCCUACAUUCACACACGUUUUUGCAGCUCUAAUUGCCGUAGUUAAUACGAAGUUUCCCCAGGUCGGUGAGCUGCUUUUGAAACGCCUAAUCAACGAAUUCCGCAAAGCUUUUCGUCGAAACCAGAAAGAUCGAUGUUUAACCACAGCUCGGUUUUUGGCGCACCUUGUCAAUCAAAAGGUUGCGCAUGAGCUUAUAGUGCUUGAACUGCUUACUCUCCUACUGGAGCAAACAACGGAUGACAGUGUUGAGGUAUCCGUCGCCACUUUGAAGGAGUGUGGCGCUUUCCUUUCACAAGUUGUGCCCAAGGGUCUCGCUGGCAUUUUUGACCAUCUUCGACGUAUUCUCAAUGAAAGUCAAUGCGACAAGCGGAUCGCGUACAUGAUUGAAAUUCGUCGUGAUGGCUGGAAGGAUCAUCCUACCAUGCUGCCUGAGCUUGAUCUGAUUGACGAAGAUGACCAAAUUACCCACACCUUGUCGUUAUUGGACCCAGUUGAUCCCGAGGAGGGUCUUAACAUAUAUCAUUUUGAUCCCGACUUCGAAUCAAACGAGGAAAAGUACUCGGCUAUUCGUGCUUCCUUCCUCGGCGACGGUGAAAAUGAGAGCUCCGGUUCAGAUUCCGGGUCUGGAUCUGAAUCGGAUGAUGAAGAAGAGGGUGAGGAGGGUGUCCAAGGCCCGGGCGAACAGGAGAGUGGUAUAAUUAUCGAUCAGACGGAAACAAAUUUGGUUCAUCUUCGACGAACAAUCUACCUCAUGCUUCAGUCCUCCGUAUCUGCGGAUGAGGGUGCUCAUCGCUUGUUGCAGCUAAAGAUCAAACCAGGAGAGGAGUACGAAGUUGCAUCGAUGGUUCUGGACUGCUGUGCACAGACCAGGUCUUACGAGACGCGCUACGGCAGUCUGGCACAGCGUCUGUGUCGCGUCAUGCUCUUCUCCGGGGAUCGCCCGAAACCAGGCGAGGAGAAACCCAAAUCCGAUCCCUCAGAACCCCCUCGCACCUACGUAGCGCAGUUUGAGAAGAUAUUUUCAGAGCAGUACGCAACCGUGCACCGCCUGGAGACGACGAAGUUGAAGAACGUUGCCAUGUUCUUCGCGCACCUACUUUUCACCGACUCCAUCUCGUGGGGCGUUUUUGAGUGCGUCAAACUGAAUGAACGGGACACCACAUCUUCGGGACGUAUUUUCUUGAAGUACCUGUUUCAAGAGUUGUGCUCGUUUAUGGGACUGGCAAAAUUGCAGGCGCGUCUACGGGACGAGACUCUGCAGCCAUUCUUCGCUGGUCUUCUGCCCCGCGAUAAUCCCAAAGACACGCGGUUCGCGAUCAACUUCCUCACAACUAUUGGCCUUGGUGGUUUGACGAUAGAUUUACGAGAGCACCUGCAGGCGUCGAAAGGGACUAGUGAUAAGGCAAAGCUUGCGGAAGCUGUUGCACAGCUGGAGUCUUCUUCAUCCUCCUCCUCUUCUUCUGAGAGCACUUCUAGUUCCUCGGAUUCAAGCUCAUCGGAGUCAAGCUCCUCGGAUUCCAGCACGUCGUCCACUUCUUCCUCCUCUAGUGACAGUGACGAUUCUGAGGAGGAAGAGCCUCAGAGGAAAGGUGGAAUAGCCAAGGAGCCGGUAAAAAAGCGCCGUGAACCAUCAGAUCGUGCCAGACGAUCUCCUCAGUCACCGGAGAUCCCCGAAAACACAAAAAAGAAUGCGGGUAGGAGAGAAGAAGUUGAAAGAACUAGAUCAAGGGGACAGGCAAACAGGUCACCCCCGCCACGACAUUUAUCUCCACCUGACGAAUCGCGGAUCCCUCGUGAGUCUCCGAAUUCAUUCGAGGCACGGCAAAGCAGCUACUACAAUCCCUCGCGUUCUAAGCGUCAACGUCACAAUAUUUCUUCACCGGACAGUGCAUCACUGAAGGAACGCGAUGAAGCGCUGACCGCCCAGUACCGCCAUCCAUCGCCGGAUGCAGAAAAACGACGACGGUACGAUUCGCCGAUGAUGGAAAGCCGUGGACGUUGUGCUUCUCCUCUCUCAAAAAGGCAGACCAAUGAGUUAGCAUCAGUAGCCAGACAGGCGAGCCGAUCACCGAAAGUGCACCGCCAGCCUUCGCCAGCUGCCAAAAGGAGUCGAAGGUACAAAUCACCGCUAACUGACCGCUACAAUUCCCCUCCGAAAAAGCCAUCCAGAGAUGUUACUCCGGAGAUCAGACGAGAACUCAGGUCGCCUCCAAAGCGACGUCAACCUUCGCCACUUGUGGAGAAAAGGAGCAUCGAAAACUCACCAACAGACGAACGUGGUUGUACUUCCGUCUCGAGAAGACGCGAUGGCGAUUUCGUUCCGCAGAAGAGAUCACGACACCACCAACCAUCGCCGAAUAUUGAUCAAAGACACACACGAGGCUCACCAAGGGAAGACAGGGGUGGUCGUUACGUGUCUCCACUUUCACGGCGCCAAUCUGGGAAAGAGGAGAGGUCGCAUCGCCGACGUGGAUCAUCCCAUUCGCCGCUCUCGAAACCAGGCGAUCGGCGCAACUCCCCCGCACAAAAAAAUUCGCGAGGCCGUAGAGAUUCGACUCCUCAAAAAGAACGAACUACAAAGGGCGGAACCGUGUCAUCGAGACAACGGGGUGGCCGUUGCGGUUCCCCGCCCUCGAGAUCGCGGCCGGACGAAAACCCUGCACCAGGAAGGAAGUGGGAGGGCGAGAGGUCGCCUAAUUAUCGACGGAACCGUUCCCCUCCUCAAUUGGGCGGUGAAAAAAUGCUUCGGAACUCUUCACCGCCCCCACGAGAUCGAUCGCCGUUCCGUCGUAACGCCAUGGAAUCCCCGAACGGUCGCAUUUAG